AUGGCAGCGCCAGGAGCGCGGGGCCCGCGCGGCGCCGGCUCCUCGCCCCCAGAAAGCCGCGGUAGCUGCUUGCAGCGUCCUCCCCCGGGACCAGGACGCUGCUCCGCGCCUCAUACCGUCUCCCCAGCCGCCCGCGCCAUCCCUCUAGAUGGAAAAACUCAUGUCUGGAGCUUCGAUGGGGAGCAGGAGGAAGCGGGCGGGAAUCGGCCCAACGGAAAGCGCCUCGAGGCCGCGGAGGGGGGGAGCGGUCGAGCGGGAAGACGAGUGGUCAGUCCGCGAAGGCUGCGAGAAGGAGGCCGCGCCACCGAGGGUUCGCAGGGACUCGCUCGCUCGCUGGCACUGCCGCGCCGAAGCAGCAGGCGGAGAAACUGCGCCGAGCAGCUCCGAGCGACCUACCUCCACGCGCGUCCCGGAGACACUGCCGCCGCCGCCGCCGCCCGCUCGCGCCGCACCCCCUCGCACGUCACCACGUGCGCCGCCGCCGCGGCCGCCAGUGCCUCCCGGCAGCUUCCGGGCCGAAUCCGUUGGCGAAUCACAAGCGAGCACGAGAAAGCUCCAGUUCGCGGCCCCGCCCGCCACUCGCCCGGCCUCUCCUUCGCCCUCUUGGGUUCCUUCCUGCUCGGCUCAACUAGGUCAAGACCAUACCCAUGGGCUCCUGAGAACGGCAACGAGGUGCUGAUCCUACAGAUCGGAGGAAAUAGAGGGACCCCUUCCACCUGCCACGGGAAGUCUCCAAGGCAUGGGAGUAGAAUGUAUGUCAAUGUAUGGCGCCUAGCUGGGGAGUGGUCACAUAGAAGGGUGAGAAAAAUGCCCAUUGCAGCCUCAGUGUCUGUGCUCAUGGGUGGGAGAGAAAUAGCCAUUAAUGAUGUGGAAGAAAACAAAUACCUUGACUAAAUUGCAUAUCAUUUC